AUGGCGAGCAGUAGUGACGAUAAUGUGACAACGGACAAACAACAAUCAAGGAAACAAUUCAUUCCGCAACUUUUGGCUGCGUUUGCAGCGUCCAUUUCAGCCUUUAGCAUGGGGACGGUGGAAGCGUACACAUCUCCCGGAAUGCCAAGUAUGGUGGAGAGUCCAAAAUUGGGGAAUAUUUCGUCCGAUGACCAAACACAAAUUGCGGCCAUUGCUUUACUGGCUGCAGUUCUAUCCGGUCCCCAGGUCGGAUUUCUCGUGGGAAGAAUCGGUAGGAAAAGUGUCCUCGCUAUAUCCGCACUUCCCUUCGUCAUUGGCUGGCUUCUUAUCGCUUCCACCACGUAUUUCCCUAUGAUCUACUUGGGCAGAUUUAUUACCGGAUUUUGCGCCGGUACAGCCUCGUUAAUCGUGCCGAUUUACAUUUCCGAAAUCAGCGACGACCUGCACCGUGGAUUUCUCUGUUCUCUUUUCCAAUUAAGUUCCACUGUGGGCAAUUUCUUCGUCUACGUUGUUGGAACGGUGUUGGACUGGCAAUGGUUGGCCUUCGUGUGUGGCUUGGUCCCACUCGUCGGCCUUCUCUUCAUCGCCGCCGUCCCAUCCACGCCCACCUACCUCCUCUCCAAAGGCUCUCUCGACGAUGCGCUCCACUCCCUGAUGUGGCUUCGUGGGACCAAAACACCUUCAGAUGUCCAAGUCGAGCUAAAUGCGAUCCAAAGUAACAUUUUGACCUGCAACGAGGAACGGAAGUCGUACCGUGACCUCUUCAAGUUAAGGACCAUUCGCCCUUUAGGCAUCUGCCUGUGGCUCCUCUUCUUCCAGCAGAUGACGGGAAUCGAGGUCAUCCUAAUUUUCACCGUAUACAUCUUCCAAUCCGCCCGGGUUCGAAUGGACCCCAACAUUUGCACCAUUAUUGUCGGCUUUGUCCAAAUCGUGGCCACCUUCAUGUCUGCCCUGCUUGUCGACAAGGCGGGGAGGCGGCUCCUCUUGAUCGUGUCGCAACUCGGCGUCUCCGUCGCCAUGAUGGCCCUCCUGAUUUUCUUCCACUACCAGCCGGACGACGAGUCCAGUAACAACUACUCCUUGGACUGGGUUCCGUUGACCAGUGUGUGCAUUUUCAUGACCUUUUUCUCCAUAGGGGCGGGGCCGAUUCCGUUCCUCAUGCUGACCGAGCUCAACUCUCCGGCCGUCAUUGGACUCGCUUCCUCCGUGGCGACGACCCUCACGUGGACAUUUGCCUACCUGGUGACCACCUUCUUCAUGACUAUUCAAUCCUGCAUUGGGAUCAAGUGGUGUUUUGGUCUCUUUUGUGGCAUGUCGUUGCUCGGUGCGGGAUUCGUCUUUGUCUGGGUGCCCGAAACGAGGGCCAAAAGUAUGGAGGAGAUUCAGAAUUAUUUCCGCAAAAAGGGGGGCCAUGCUAAAAAUAUUGGUGGGGCGGGUUGCCCUUCUUCUUAUCAUGAUGAAAGUCAUAAUAAUAAUAAUAACACUGGAAUUAUUAGGAGUGAUGUGGUGACAUGAUUUUUUUCAU